GGGAGGAGGAGAGGGAAGGAGGAGAAAGAGGAGAAGACAAAAGAUUCAUAAAAGUAAAGCAGUUGUGGACGACAGCAAAAGUUCUCGUAAAGCAUACCCCUUGCAAGUUGAAGGAAUGGGCAGCCUUCCAGUGGUCCUGCUCCUCUGCAGUUUCCGCGUGCUCACAGCUGUAGCCCAAGCCCAGGAGUCUGAGGCCACUGUAGGACCUGCAAGCCCCUUGCCAGCCAACUGUAGGGAAGAGAUGUAUCCUUGCACCAGGAUGUACUCGGUUCACAAGCCCAUCAAGAGAUGUAUUGGUGGUCUUUGUUUCUACAGCGUCCCUCGUGUCUACGUGAUCAACAAAGAGAUCUGCAUGAGGACUGUGUGCCAACAGGAUGAGUAUCUGAAAGCUGAGCUGUGCAGAGAGUUGUCUGGGUGGCCCAGACGUUUUGAGAGGUCAUCUAAUAGGAAACCCUGUCGCAGUCGCCGUAGCAACCCCAAAACCUGGGCAAACAAGGCCUGAUGGGCGCAGAAUGGCGAUGUGACCACCGGUGAGGAUGGAGCCCCUUAGAGACACAGAACUAGGGGCGUUGUCAUAAAAACAGCCCAUAACACCAUAAAUCCACUGCUCAACACCUGGGGGUCUUUUUCUUUCUCUUACACACACACAAACACACAAGUGUGCUGAGUCAUAUCUAUGUUUAUGUAUUAGUCUUUUAAUUGUGUGUGAAUAUUGAAGGUGUGCUCAUUUCAUCUGUGUGUUGUUGGACACAGAUCAUGUCUUCCAUGGUUUACGAUCCAUUUAAGGUACUGUAGUAAUGGGCCUAUAGCAGCACUGAGUCAUUUCAUUGUACAAAGAAAGACCCACUCUUGUGGAUUGUAAGGUACUCAUUGACAAUCCAGUAUUAUGUGCACUAUUGUAUCCAAUAAAAUAUAA